AUGACUUCUGCCAUCGCCUGUGGCUUAAUCUUCAGACUUUUCCUUCCCCUCUGCCUCCUGCCAGCUAUUGGUCUGCGUUACAAUGGAUUCUCUCUGGUCUACCUCAUCUUCCUGCUACUGCUGCCUUUAUUCCACGAACCAACAGCUAUCACAAUGCAAGGGCACACUGGACGGUUACUCAAAGCCCUCUGUCUGAUCAGCUUUAUCUUCUUGUUGGUGCAGGUGGGAUUUCAAAUAUCGUUUCUCUACAUCCCAAAUAAUGGAACAAACUGGGAGACAGCACUCUGGCACAUGGGAGUCGUGAGACUGAGUGAGUCGAAUCCCGGGAAUGCCAUCAGGCUGAUCGCACCGGAUGUUGGGAUGCUGAUCGGAAGCUUGGCGUUUCUCAACAUGUGCAGAAGACUAGCGUCAAAGUCAGACCGAGGAAAAUCAUCCCAGGAUCAGCCGGAAGGAGAGGAAGAGGUGGACAGCACUGAAUGUGAGGAAGAGUCUGAGGUCAGCUCUGAGGAGGAGACGGAGAGGGAGGAGGGAGAUGAUGAGGAAGAUAAAGAGGAGGAGCCAGAGGAACCAAAGGAAAAGAAGCCGACCUUAGCUGAGAAGGUGGCGUUGGUCAUGUUGGGCCUUAAAGAAAUGGUGGGAGCCUUGGUGACGACAGCAGGGACCUUUCUUGUGACGCUCCUCUUAUGUUUAGCAGGUAUAGCCCUCCCUUCCCUGACCUCAGCUGUGUACUUCCUCACGUUCCUGGGCUUGGGGUCCUGGUGGGCAUGCCGACGGGGUUUCAGCCUGACCUUCUUCCGCUGCCUGUGUGUAACCAUGGCCAUCAUCAGCGCAACACACCUGACCAUCCUCUACCUGUACCAGCUCCACGCCUUCCAGGCUGCGCUGCCGCCCCAACACCUUGGUGCCAGGUUGCUUGGUAUGUCAGCGCUGAUCAGCACUAACGACACAGAGCCUUGGAGACUGCGCACCCACGGAAGGCAGCCCUGGCCCGUCCUCCUGAACCUCGCCAGCCUGCUCCUGCUGUACUACACCCUGGCCACCAUCAUCCGACAUCUGAUUCUCAGUACUCAAUCAGAGAAGGUUGUUCCCCCAGACGUGGAUGCUGACUGCCCAGACUCCAUGUCAGAACAUAAUAAUGUAGAAAGAGACUUAUGGAAUGUGGAAACAGGUGGGAAAAAGCAACCAUUGAUUUACCCUGUAAGUGGAAAUACAAUAGAACUCAUCAUUCCACAUGACAAGCCCCAGAGGAACAAUAACUGUCUGCCGGGACAAAUGUUCUCCUCUCCAGUGUACCCUCAGCAUCCCUCCCACUCGGAUAAGAUUACCGAUGUAACACACAGCAUGGAGGAUUACACUGAGACGGAGAUGCAGAAGGACAAUGGGAGUGACCAGCCCAGCAGCUUAGUGAUAAUUGGCCAAUUCAUCAUGAAGCAGAGCUAUAUCUGUGCCCUCAUAAUCAUGAUGGUCUGGAGCAUCACUUACAACAGCUGGCUGACCUUCGCUCUGCUCAUCUGGUCCUGUAUUAUUUGGAUGUUGCGUGACCGCCAGCGAUACGCGAAACUGAGCUCCCCGUUUCUGGUGGUCUAUGGCAACCUCCUGGUUGUCCAGCAGUUCUUUGUUGGCUUACAACUGAGUGAGGCUGAGCUGUUCCCUGAUGUGGCCAAAGCUGCCCUCAUUGACUUUGACCUGAAGAGGUCGAACGCACCCUGUGUGGAUUUGGGAGCCAAGAUUUUCUAUGCAUCCAUCUUCUGGUUGUUACUCCGUCAAUACUUGACUGAAAAAGAGGAAAUGAGAACACAGUCACAGACACUUCUCAGUGAGGUCAGCUCGCAACAGACAGACAGUGCACAGAAGGAAGGGGAGCUUGUCGCAGUAAUGGGCUCUUUUGUUAAGGGGUUAUUGGUGAAGUACUGGAUCUACUGCUGUGGUGCAAUGUUCUUCCUUGUUAGCUUCACUGGGAGAGUAAUGGUCUACAAGAUCCUCUACAUCAUGCUUUUCCUCUUCUGUGUGGCCCUAUACCAGAUACAUUAUGAGUGGUGGCGACGAAUCCUGAAGUAUUUCUGGAUCACGGUGGUUUCUUACUCGAUGGGAGUGCUUAUCUUCAUCUACACCUAUCAGUUUAAAACUGUCUCCGGUCUCUUGCAGCAAGUAAUGGGAAUAUCUGAGGACAGUCUGAACGAUAUGGGCCUCGAGCAAUACGACACAGCAGAGCUCUUCACCAGAAUCCUGUUGCCCUCAGCCUUCCUGCUGGCCUGUAUACUGCAGCUCCAUUACUUCCACGAGCACUUCCUCAGCCUCACAGACUGCGAGAAUUUUACCCCCCGGGAGGACAACACCACAUACAGGUAAAGUCACCGGCCUUCAAUUAUACUCGAUCGGCUGAAUGGCCUUCUUCGCUACCUCAAAGUGCAGAGUCGUAUUACCAUCCUAUCCCACAGCAUCAAAGCCAGUAUUGAGAAAGUGCAGCAGAGGUUGGCCUCCAAGCACAAGAAUGAUGUUAAAAUGUCCAGCAACGACACCUUAAAUAACCUGGACUUUCAAGACAAAGAACCGAGUUUGGAACAAGAAGAGGUGCCAGAGAUCUCAGUUCCAGCAGAAUCCCCAAGGCCAUGGAGCAUGGUGGUUGAUCGGAUGACUUCCCUUUUGCUGAAGUUCUUGGAGCUGACCCAUAAAGCCCAGGUCCUGGGGUGGAGACUCCUGGAGCUUCACAUCAUAAAGAUAAUCUCCUCCUGUAUCAUCUGGAUCACACUCAAAGAGGUCUCUCUGAUGAACUACGUGCUCCUUAUCCUAUGGGUCUUUGCCUUGCCUUAUUCCUCAUUCCGUCCAUUGGCCUCCAGCAUCUCCACUGUGUGGACUUGUGUCAUGAUCCUGUGUAAGAUGAUGUACCAGCUCAAGUUUGUCAACCCAGCCGAGUAUUCUGCAAACUGUACUCUGGUAAGCUGGUCAGACCCUCAAAUUCCUCACACCUUCCUGAAUAUGUCCUCCCUGUACUCUGGCCCCAUCGACCCUGCCUUCUGGUUCGGGGCACUGAGGAAGUGUGAGAGCAAUGUCCUGCCCUGCCUCAAGAACCAUCUCUGCAUCCUCGGGUUGUUGGCCUUUGAGGCCACAGUAUUUCGCCACCAGCUGUACUACAGGCUGCACAAUGGGCUCAAACCUCCUAUAACAGGAACCCUUUUUGGGAACAUCACCCGGUUUCACCUUGACGAUGGGCUGAUGAACUGCAUCCGAUAUUUUGUGAACUAUCUCUUCUACAAAUUUGGGCUGGAGAUCUGCUUCAUGUUGGCUGUAAACCUCAUUGGACAGCGCAUGGACAUGUAUGCAGGUGUCCACGCCCUGUGGCUGGUGGCUGUGCUCUAUCGGCGCCGGAGAAAGGCCAUCGCUGAGAUCUGGCCAAAGUAUUGUUGCUUCAUGGCCUGCAUCAUCGUGCUCCAGUACCUGCUGUGUAUCGGGAUCCCUCCAGUGCUCUGCAAAGACUACCCUUGGAGUACAGACAGCAGUCUGAUCUUAAAUCUCAUUAAGUGGCUGUAUCUGCCAGACUUCACAAAGAGACCCAACGCGCUGUUCCUGAUGUAUGACUUCCUGCUCCUGUUAUUCGCAUCAAUACAAUGGCAGGUCUUUGAGGAUGAGAACACCACGUCCAUUCGGAUGAUAGCUGGGGACAACGUGGAAAUCAGCCGUAGUUUAGACCCAGCCACCAUCAACCAAUAUAUCCCUGUGCCUAACUUCCUCCAUUGUAGGUCGUACUUAGACAUGCUGAAAGUGAUCAUCUUCAGCUACUUGUUCUGGUUUGUUCUCUGCCUGAUCUUCAUCACCGGGACAAUCAGGAUCAACAUCUUCUGUAUGGGCUACCUGGUGGCCUGUUUCUACUUCCUGCUCUCCGGAGCACAGCUCCUCCUGAAGCCGGUCAAGGUCAUCCUCAGGCAGUGGGACUACCUCAUCGGUUACACCAUACUUGUGAUCGUGCUGAAGAAUUUCCUUUCAAUUGGCUCCUGUGUGUACCUGAAGCUGUUGCUGAAGAGUCACUGCUGGCUGGUGCAGACCCUUGGCAUGGCCUGCACCAUCAAGGAGUACGAGCUGCCGGACGCGGAGAGCCUGAAAAAGGGGUGUGAGGUCCCAGAGGAAGAAGCUGGUAUUAUGUGGGACAGCACCUGUUUCCUCUUUCUCCUUGCCCAGAGGAGGGUCUUUCUCAGUUACUACUUCCUGUACGUAGUGGCGGACCUGAAUGCCUCCAAGAUCCUCGCAGCCAGAGGAGCUGAGUUAUUUGAAGCCAAGAUUAAGAAAGGAGUCUCUGCCCGGCUGGUCCAAGAGAAGAAAUCCAUGGAGCAGCUCAAGAAACAGAUGGAGCAGAUUAAGGCGAAACAGGAGAAAUACCAGGCGUCGAAAGCCAAGGUCCCGAAACCCAACAAUGAUUCAGAACAUUUGCUGGACGGGGAGCAACUGCAGAUUGAAGACCACCAACCAGGUGACGACACAGGUGAAGAAAAGAAGAAGUGGUGGCAGCCAUGGAUCACACACUGUAGCAUGAUUCAAAGCGGGAGUUAUUACCUGUUCGACACAGACAGUGAGGAUGAGGGUAAGGAGGAGGAGGAAGAAACGCCCAAAAAUGAGGCCAAGAAAUCCUCAGCAUUUCAGUUGGCUUAUAUCGCCUUAAUCAAAGACUCAAAAGCUGCCGUCAAAGAAAGAGACAAAGAGCUCAAGCAGCUGAAGAGAGCUGAGCAGAAGAAGGAGAAGCUGGAGAGGAAGAAGCAGCAAGGCAUUGAGAGAGCAGACUCCAGUGAGGAUGAAUUGGACGCACCCAGUAUCGUUGACGACAGCCCAGCUCAACCAGAUAACCUGCUCCAAAGAGGGCUGAAUAUCCUGAGCUUUGCCUGGAUGUUUGUCCAAGCCCUGCUGGACAGCCUGAUUGAGCUGGUCAGGUCUAUUUCCAAGGAUUACACGGAUGUCUCCACUGUUCUCAGGAUUGAGAGAUCCAUUUUAAGGAGCGAAUUGAAACAGGGUAAGUUACCGACCCAGGACAGCAUCUAUCGCUUUUACAACAACAAACUGAGGAGACAAGCUUCCUUCGACUAUGUUGAGGCUGCGGAUGAGUUGAUAACAGACAGACGUGAGACAACGCGAUUCCCAGGCUUCCAGAUGGCAGCCAGUACUGAUUCCAUCUUCUCUAGAGAGAGCAGUUUGUCCAGUUGUACCACUGAAGGAACCACAUUGUAUUCAAGGCAGACGACCAUCGAGUUCCUGGAUGACCAAGAUGAGGCCAGCCUGGGUCUCCCGAAGCCGAGUACUCGAGUAAAGUGGAAACUCCAGAAGAUGGCCAAUGUUGAUCUCUCCUCCUCAAUGGAAAAUGUCCUCUCCAGUUCGCCAACUCAGUCCAGCAACCUGAGUCUAUGGCAAGGCAGAAGAGAUACCAUCGAGGAGGUGGGAGAUGAAGAUGAAGCUAUGAUGAGUAGCACCUUGGACAUUCCGCCCACUUACAGCCUCGUCAGCCACAGUCUUGAUUUCUCAACGGAGGAGUCUCACGAGGAGCUUGAGCAGGAGAUGUCACAGCCUCUCACCCCUCAGAGUCGCUUGCUGACAGCCAGUGAUCUGCUCCUCAACAAGAUGUUUCACGAUUCGGACCUGGAGGAGUCUGAGCGGUUCUACCACAGAUUGCCGCGCUUGCUGAAGCUGCUGUUUGCCUUGUACGACACGAUGGCGGCUCAGUCAGACAUGCUGUGCUACUUUGUCAUCAUCCUCAACCACAUCGUCUCGGCCUCGGUGCUCACCCUGGUUCUGCCCGUCCUGGUCUUCCUCUGGGGAAUGCUCUCCGUGCCUCGGCCCAAGAAGCGCUUCUGGAUGCUGGCCAUCCUGUACACUGAGAUCACAGUAGUCGUCAAGUAUUGCUUUCAGUUUGGCUUUUUUCCCUGGACCACCUCAGCCGCUCGGGUCAGGAAUGCCGACCAGCCCUUUUACCUCCCAAACAUAGUGGGCGUUGAGAAGAAAGAUGGCUACGUGCACUAUGAUCUCAUCCAGCUCCUCGCACUGUUCCUGCACAGGUCAAUUCUCAAGUGUCACGGGCUUUGGGACUCCCAGGACGACGUGAAGGAGAAAGACUGGACAGAGAAUGGAAAGCAAGCAGGAGAGAAUGGAGAAAAUUCAGCCUAUUGCCACAUGGAGCCCCUGCAAACCAUCAAAUUGCAGGAUGGGCUGAAGUCCGCUGGCAGCAGGAGGAGGCACAGGCGGGCAUCACCUCGGACGGGUAAAGAGGGCGAGACAAAGCCUCCGAAGAAGAAAUCGACGAAGAAAAGGAAAUGCUGUCAAUUACCAAAGCUGAAAAAGGGGCUCUUAAAGGAGAUGAUGAAGGAAAAGAUGAAUGCGGCGAAAGGAUAUGCUACAGUUGUAGCUCUCCAGGUCUCUCUACCGAUCAGACAGUUCUUCUACGACAUCAUCCAUCCUGACUACAAUGCUGUGUGUGACGUCUAUGUGUUGAUGUUCCUGGUAGACGUCAUUAACUUCAUUGUCAUUGUGUUUGGUUACUGGGCUUUUGGGAAGCAUUCCGCUGCCGCGGACAUCACAGAAUCUCUCUCCGAGGAUCAGGUCCCCGAAGCCUUUCUGGUGAUGCUGCUGAUUCAGUUUGCCACUAUGAUUGUGGACCGGGCUCUCUACCUCCGGAAAACCGUCCUCGGAAAGGUUGUCUUCCAAGUCAUCCUGGUGUUUGGCAUCCAUUUCUGGAUGUUCUUCAUCCUCCCUGGGGUGACCGAGAGGAGGUUCAAUCAGAACUCUGUGGCUCAGCUUUGGUACUUUUUCAAAUGUAUUUACUUUGGCCUCUCCGCGUAUCAGAUCAAAUGUGGCUACCCAAACCGGGUGCUUGGCAACUUCCUGACCAAGAGUUACAACUACCUCAACCUGUUCCUAUUUCAAGGAUUUCGGAUGGUUCCCUUCUUGACAGAGUUGAGGGCAGUGAUGGACUGGGUGUGGACAGACACUACGCUCAGCAUUUCGAGCUGGAUUUGUGUAGAGGAUAUCUACGCUAACAUUUUCAUCCUGAAAUGCUGGAGGGAAUCCGAGAAGAGAUAUCCUCAGCCUUCAGGACAGAAGAAGAACAUGGUGGUGAAGUACGGAAUGGGUGGUCUCAUUAUCUUCUCACUGAUCUGCAUCAUAUGGUUCCCAUUGCUCUUCAUGUCACUGGUCAUGUCAGUGGCUGGAGUGACCAACCAACCCCUGGAUGUCUCCAUUGAAAUCAGCAUUGGUGGAUAUGAGCCUCUGUUUACAAUGAGCGCCCAGCAACAGAACCUGAGGCCAUUCUCCCAUGCGGCAUAUGACCAGCUGACUGCCCAGUACACUCCGUUUCCGUCCGCCAUGCAGUUUUUAGUCAAAUAUCUGCCAGAGGACAUCAUGGUAGCUCACAUAAAGAGUGAUGCUAAUUUACUGUGGAGCAUCACUCCGGCAAGCCUCAAAGCCAUGAGAGAGGAGAUUGCCAACUCGACCCACAUUUACAUCCAUCUUUACUGGACCAUCCUGAGGAACGCUUCUCUUACAAAUAACCCGGAGAUCACUGGCAAGAACACAGUGCUCUCCACAGACCGAGACGUCAGAGACGGACUGGUUCAGCUGUUAGAAGGAACCCAGAGGAAGCCUAUAGUGAUCCAGGGGCUGGUCCCACAGUACAUCCGAGCACCAGGUGGACUUGAAUCCAAGGAAGCCAGACGGAUGAAAGUGGUAGAUGUUCCCAAGACUGAGCGCUACCAGAGCCUGGCCUUCUACAGGAACAUCUCCCUGAAGCUGGAGGAGAACCCAGGCAAUGCCACGAGCGGGAUGUUAAAGUGGUGGAACGUCCAGGAAUAUGCGAGCCAGGCCUGCAGCAAUCUGCAACUCACCAUCUUCAGUGACAAAGUCAGCCCCUCUGGCCUGGGCUUCCUGGCUGGAUACGGGAUUGUGGGUCUGUACAUGUCUGUGGUGCUGGUCAUCGGCAAGUUUGUCCGCGAGUUCUUCAAUGGGAUCUCUCGCUCCAUAAUGUUUGAGGAACUGCCGAACACGGACAGAAUCCUGAAGCUCUGCACGGAUAUCUUCCUGGUCCGCGAGACUGGGGAGCUGGGGCUGGAGGAGCAGCUAUUUGCCAAACUCAUCUUCCUCUACAGGUCACCUGAGACCAUGAUCAAGUGGACUCGAGAGAGCAAGGAGUGAGGAACUGAGGUUAGCAAUCAAAGAUACUUUUCCUC